AUGAAGACCACAGAAGAGAAGCUAAUCAAUCGAGGCUCGGAGGAUGAGAUGGAGGUGCGGGGCUACCGGCCCAGCCUGUGCAGAAUGACGCCGGUGGCCGUCGGCGGCGUUUGCACGGGCGGCCUGCUCUUCUUGCUUUUCUACUGGCUGCCCGAGUGGGGGGUCAAAGCGUCGUUCCGGCGCUGCUCCUUGAAGGAGGCGCGGAUACUUCUGCUCAGGACCACCGAUGAAGAACGGACGUGGAUUUGUGUCAAAGUACACGUCUUGUCGGCUCCGGGGUUGACCCCAUUCGAUAGUGGGACUACUCCGCCCCUUAAAGAAGAGCGGCGGGGCUUGGCGGAUGAAAAUCAGGGCUUGAUUCCCAGAGAGUCUUUCAAGGUCCAUUACUUCACCCACAAGAGAAUCAAAUACUACUGGAAUGAAAGCACACGGAACUUUGAACGAUUUAAGGGCUUAGAGGACAACAAGGUAACUUGUGCAGAGAUACACAGGGACCACAGCUCUGGACUUAGGAAAACCUUGCAGCGACAAAGAGCGUUAUUCUUUGGCGUCAAUGAGAUUGAUGUAAGCGUGCCGUCUUUAAUCAAAAUCUUUGUGAAAGAGGUUAUGAAUCCCUUUUACUGCUUUCAACUCUUUGCUCUUAUUCUGUGGGCCUUGGAGGACUUCUAUGAUUAUUCUAUCGUCAUGGCAGUCAUCUUUCUGCUCUCAAUAGCUGCAUCUCUGUACACUAUCAGAAAGCAACAUGUGCGGCUUCAUAACAUGGUGGUCCAACACAGUGUGGUGGUAGUUUCAGUUUGCAGAGGAAAAAAAGACUUUGAAGAGGUGUUGUCGACAGAGCUGGUGCCCGGAGACGUCCUGGCCAUUCCGGCCAAUGGGAUGGUAGUGCCGUGUGAUGCGGCGCUCAUCUCUGGAACCUGCAUUGUGAAUGAGAGCAUGUUGACAGGGGAGAGCGUCCCCGUCACCAAGACCAGUUUGCCAAAUUCAGGCGAGGCGGCGAGCAAGAGGUACACUGCGGAAGAACACAAACAGCACAGCAUCUUCUGCGGCUCACGCGUGAUCCAAAGCCGUUACCGCGCCGGCGAGCCGGCCAAGGCGGUCGUCGUCCGAACGGGUUUUAGUACGGCAAAGGGCCAGCUGGUGCAUUCCAUCCUCUACCCCAAGCCCACUGACUUCAAACUGCACCGUGACGCCACGCAGUUCCUGAUGGGCAUGGUGGUCGUGGCGAUCGUCGGCUUCGUCUACACCGUGGUGGUCGACGUUCUCAACGAGGUUCCUCUACGAGGCAUCAUUUUCGACUCUCUGAACAUCGUCACCGUGGCCGUACCCCCGAUUUUACCCGUGGCCUUGGCCAGCGGUAUUGCGCACGCGCAGCACCGCUUAAAGCGACUCGGCCUCUUUUGCGUCAGUCCGCAAAGGAUCAACAUAUGUGGUCAACUCAACCUGCUCUGCUUUGACAAGACCGGAACACUUACGGAAGACUGUUUGGACCUUUGGGCUAUUCAGAGAGCCCAAGGUGGCACCUUUUUACCUCGGGACACUGAAGUAGCGACAGAGGAUCUGCUAAAGACUUCUUUUGUUGCGUGCAUGUCCACCUGCCAUACGCUAACCACCGUAGAGGGCCAACUCUGCGGAGACCCAUUGGACCUCAAGGUGUUCACUGCCACCGGCUCGAUUCUCGAGGAGCCGAAAGAAGAACACGCAGCGCUUUACAAUACUCAUAUAGUCGCUCUGGUGCGACUUCCGCAGCAGUCCGGAGAGUUGGGCAUAGUGCAUCAGUUCCCCUUCUCGUCAUCGCUGCAAAGAAUGACCGUGCUGGUCCGACGGCAAAGACAAACAGAUUUGGACAUCUACCUGAAAGGCGCGCCGGAGACUGUGGCCAAACUCUGCAAAGCGCACACGGUCCCAGAGAGUUUCGGAGAGAUUCUGGAGGCCUACACCCGGCAGGGGUUGAGGGUUAUCGCCCUGGCACAUCGCCAACUGGAGACGGAACAACUCUCCCUUGCAGAAAUCCAGAGCCUCGAGCGAGAGCAGAUGGAGAGCAACAUGGACUUCCUAGGUUUGAUCAUCAUGCAGAACAAAAUCAAAGAGCAAACGGCAGGCGCUUUGCUCGAAUUACGACAAGCCGACAUUCGAACUUUGAUGGUGACAGGUGACAACCUGUUGACCGCCAUAUCUGUGGCUCGAGACUGCGGGAUGGUUCGAUCCCACGAGAAAGUCAUCAUCGUGGACGCCGCGCCGCCUCACGAGAGCCACCCUGCUCGCGUGACUUGGCACUACUCUGGCAACUCUCUUCUCAAAAAUAAUCAGAUGUGCGAGAUCAACUUUGACGACGCCAAACUCGAUGGGAACUAUCACUUGGCCGCGAGCGGCCGAGACUUCGCCGUCAUCGCCGAGCACUUCCCGUCACUUCUUCAAAAGCUUCUCCUGAGGGGAACAGUGUUUGCCCGCAUGUCUCCGAAUCAGAAGACUCAGCUGGUGCAAGCCCUGCAGAGCAUGGACUACAUUGUUGGGAUGUGUGGGGAUGGUGCCAAUGACUCUGGGGCUUUGAAGAAAGCUCACUGUGGGAUCUCUCUGUCUGAGCUGGAAGCCUCGGUGGCUUCUCCCUUUACUUCCUCCAUCCCGAACAUCUCCUGCAUUCCUAACCUCAUUAGAGAGGGCCGCGCUGCUCUUGUCACAUCUUUCUGCGUCUUUAAAUACUUGGCCCUCUUCAGCACAGUCUUUUUCUGCGGCAUGACUCUGCUCUACUGGGUUCUCACUAAUUUUGGAAUCUACCAGAUGGCCUUUAUUGAUACCGGCAUCUCUUUCUUUGUUGUCUUUUCAAUGUGUCUAAGCCCCGCUUGCGAGAAGCUGGUACGGCAAACCCCGGCGACCAGCCUGAUCUCCUGCUCUGUGCUUUUCUCCGUCGUAUCGCAGUUCCUCAACUGCCUCCUCUUCCUGCUUGUGCCUUUUUUAUUAGUUCAACAACAGAGUUGGUACGAGCCGCCCGUGCCCAUCUUCUUCACCGAGGGCGCGCUGAACAACUCCACUGUGGCUCCUCCGGACCAAGAAGGGCCCGACAACGUGACCGAUGUGUAUAACGUCAGGAACUUUGAAAACACCUCCAUCUUCUAUGUUUCUGCCUUCCAGUUUUUGACCUUAGCCAUCACCUUGUCCAAGGGAAAACCCUUCAGGCAACCAUUUUAUAAGAACUGGGUCUUUAUGUUGUCAGUCUUAAUUCAGUAUGCCCUACUCUUGUUCUUCUUGCUUCAACCAAUUCCCGCUGUAGACGAUGUGAUGCAGAUUGCAGAUGUUCCUUAUGGAUGGCGCAUAACGAUCCUCAUCAUUGCUGUAGCGCACGCUCUUGCAUCUUUCAUACUGGAGAUUUUAAUCCCUGACACCUGGAGGAUCAUUACAGCCAAUCUGCAGAAAAAGGGGAACGAUCAAGCCUCCGAUGCUAACACCAAGAUGGUGACUAAGCACCGAAGCUGGGCCUUCUUCUCCUGGGUCCUGUGUUGUAAAAAGCGCCCCCCGAAGUCCAAAUACAAGCGUGUGGCUCUGGAGCUGCGGACGGAGCCGGACUGGCCUCCCGUGCCCUCCGCCGUCACCUACGCCGACGGACCUCGCUCGCGCACCUCUGUUGACCUUUGA